CUCUCUUCCUCCAACAGCAAAUACUUCUUCCUCAAUGCUCGAUACUCGUUUCCAGAUGUGUACGAAUCUGUUAGUGAGUCUGAAUUUGAUUGCUCAGGUUGCUGGAACAAUGGAGGGACUUCAUUUUUUAAGUUCCUUUUGGAUACCUUUUUCCCCGUUCUAAGUGGCAGAGAACCCUGUAAAUGUGGCACCUCUUCAUUCCUAUCUAACUGAAAUGUAGUUACUCUUGGGGCAGAGUUUUUCUUUUUCCACAAUUUGGGGUUUGAAUCCUUCUCAGCUCCGAACACCCUUGGAUCUUGCAUUUCUCACUGAGAAACAUUAUACAGUGGUUAAAGAACAAGAGUAGCAUAAAUUUCUUCAAUUGAU